AAGACAAAUCUUCAAGCAACUACUCAAACACCCAACUUGACUCAAGGCGUACUCAGAAAUCAUAAAUGGCCAUCGACUACCUCUUUUAUUGGCUGCUCCUGAGCAUGCCCGUGCGCUUCGUACUCUAUACAGUGCACGUCUAUCUGCAGAAUCUGAUUGCACUACUCCAGUUAACCAACGACGCAUUGUCUUUAAUCAUGGAACUGUUGGUUCUCUCACGCCGUAGCAUUCGCCGUCUGCGCCGUUAUAUUGGACCCGUUCCGUUAAUCAACCGACUACUGCAUAUCGUCUACUACGAGCUGACCACUCUGGGGUUCUUCAUAAAACUGUUCUCGCUUUUGUUGCGCAUUCCGGUGAAGGUGUUGACUCGCCUCAGCCGUCUAUUCCGUAUAUGCGCGCACGGACGCACUUGGGUACUCAUGAUGCGGCUCCGAUAAUUGCAGUUCCAGUCGCAAUUCAAGAUCCGACAACUACGGAUGUGGCUAUGGCUGUCGCUGCUCUUGUUUACAAUUUUACAAUUUACAAUUUUGUAUACAAAUUAUCAGAGCGAGUGGAAUAAACUGCAUCCUGCAAAACCGCAUUCAA